UCUACCGGCUCCUACGGGGAGCGUCCGUCAGUGUUCGGGUUAAAGGUCACUAAGAAAACAUGGCGGCACCCAGUAAGUCGGCCGUGAUAUUGAAAGCUGUGAAGAGAAUAGCGGUUGAGUUCUGUCCGUUUGAGCCCAAUGUCCGGUCCACACGGGAGUUUCUGGUGCUGGUCGGCUCAGAGAAGGCCAGGGCCACCAACAUGAACUGUGAGGUUACAACCACGGUGAAACACAACAAGUCUGAACCUGUAGUGGACAUUACAUACCUCGAUGGAGAGAGGCUGGUGAUGAAGGGGGCCAAGCUGACCAGCAGCGAGAUGAUGAGCGUGUUUCAGUCACGCUGCAUCGCCAAAGACCCACAGGCAAAAGCUGGAGCAAAGAAAUAAUCCUCAAGUUAAAUGUAUUUAUAUGUAUCUAUCUGUGUAUAUGCUUAGAUGUUUAUAAUAAAACUACUUUGCUGAAAUGUG